GAUCAAUGCAAUAUGGCAGACGGCGGAGCCGACGGGUCGUCUCCAGAGUUACACUGAUGCUGGCUCUCCCCUACUAGAUAACCUUAAUAAUCCGAGUGAUGCAAAUAUUCCACAGCCAAUCAUGGCAAGCCAAUUUAGAAAUGAGAUCUUAAAAAUAUCUGUCGGGCAGAUCUGUCAGACGAUAGGUUUCCAGGGUGUAUAUUCCACGCCCCUAGAUGUUGUGUGUGACCUUCUUCACCGCUACAUGAGUGAGGUGUGUCGCCUCACUCACCGCUACACUGAGCACUUUGGUCGUACUGAACCCAACCUAGACGAUCUGGGUCUGGCAUUCCACGACAUGGGGAUAUCUGUGCCGGAACUUGAAGAAUACAUCAACAACGUUGACUGCCCACCAUUUCCCCACUCGCUGCCAUCUCUACCUGUACCACGGACUUCCAACCUUAAUUUCUUGAAGCCAGGCUCCCGGGAGAUAUUAUCUCGGCCAAUCCAUAUUCACGAGCACUUGCCACCCAUGUAUCCAGAGAAAGAGGAAGAGGAACUGGAUGUAAAAGUGAAUUCUAACCUUGAAGAGGCAAUGGGUGAGAGCUCCUCUCCUGCACAUUCCCCUCAACCAGCUGUCAAGCGAUCCUCGGAUAGUGACACGUCUCCUGCUAAGAAGACUAAGUUUUCUUUAGAAGAUGAAGGCCAGCCAGUAAGAGAGAUAGUGAGUGUGAUGAUGACCACUUCUGGUUUUAUCUCCUCUGCUCGGGAAGGAAAGUUACCAGAGGCACGCUGCCCAAAUAUUCCCAUGGCAAUGCCCCGUAGCUCGUCUCCUUCUGUAGCUGGCGCAGCUGGGAAGAAAAAGCUGACAGUGGAGAAAUUGAUUAGGCAAAAAAAUAACCAGGGAGGAACGGGACGACCAAUGCCAAACAAGCCUCCACGGCCACUCAAGGUCAAAGUUAAAGACAAAUCUAGCAGCAAAGGAUUGAAGAUACCAAAGGUGCCACUAGUCAGACCACCAUCACACCCUCCAACAGGAAAUCCUAGUACUCCAGGAGCACUGCCUGUCCCACCCAAGUUGAAAAUGCCUACUCCCAAGCUUGCUGUUCCUAAGUUUCCUAGCCCAAAGCCACCUUCCACUCCUAAGAUUCCUACAUCCAAAACAUCUACUCCCAAAUUAUCUCCUCCAAAGAUUCCUACACCUAAGCUCCCAACCCCCAAGACGUCAACCCCCAAGACUUCAACCCCUAAGAUUUCAACCCCCAAGACAUCAACCCCCAAGACAUCAACCCUCAAAACAUCAACCCCCAAGACAUCAACCCCUAAGACUUCAACCUCUAAGAUUAAGGUUCCAAAACCACCUAAAACUCCAAAAUCAGAAGCCAAGAAGUCCUCUAACCUAAAGGCCAAAGACCCAGGAAAGGAUGGUGAAUCAAAGAAGGUAAAGAAAGAGAAGGAACCAGGGAAAAAACCCAAGGAAAGUAAAAAAGAGAAAGAUCCCACAAAGAAACCCAAGGAGCCCAAAAAGGACAAGGAUGGCAAAAAAGAGAAAGAGUCUAAAAAAGACAAGGAAAUUAAAAAGGAAAAAGAAAACAAAAAAGAGAGAGAGCGAGAACGAGAAUUGAUCUUGGCUUUGGCAUCAUCCUCGGCUGUCACAGUGACAUCAAUACCAGCGCCUACUAAAGCACAAGAUAUGUCAAUGCAAGACAAGGCUGAAGGUAAAUCAAAAUUGAGUAUUUUCAAGAAAAUCAACAAACCUAAAGAUACUAAAGACCAGGAUCGGCCAGGGGAGCGUGAUGCCCAGCAGUCUCGUGAUAGUUCUCCAGAUCUUAUGAUAGAUGAAACUCCUACUAGAUUAGUGCAGCGUCGACCCCCAGAGGAACUAACUGUAAUGGACACCCCAGGUCAUCGACUGGAGACAUCAAUGGAUGAUAUGGUUAGAUCACCUGCCGAUUUCUCUUCAUACCAGGAUGACAUGUCACCUCCCGGAACCCCUUCAACUCCUAGAACUCCUGAAAUACCACAUAUUCCCAUUCGUAAAUCUUCAGAAAAGCGCAAGGGGAAAGAAAGGACAAAGGAAAAGAGACCAAAGAAGGACCGUUCAAAAUCACCAAAAUGUGGGUUCAGCCCUUCUCAUCGAGAAGUUUGUGAAUUUGAUACUCCUGAGCGUCCAAAAACUCCAGAAGUUGGUUUGCCCAUAGGGAAUCUUGUAGGAGGUUCUACUAUCCCCUUCUCACUUCCACCUUUCCCUUCUGCCCCAGGGUUUAUUCCUCCAUUUUCUAGGUUUCCCUUUAUUCCACCAUUUGGUGGUCCCCCACCUCGCCCAGGCUUGUCCCAUCCACCCAUGCCUGACCUUCGCUUACCCCCAAACCCUUUUCUUCCAAGACCCCCCAUGAAACGUCAGCUGGAUGAUGACCAUUUAAUGUCCUUAGAUGAAGCUGAAAAUCUAGAAAGGCCUUUAACCCCAAGACAUGCCCGUGACUCCAGCCCCCUUCCGGUGACCAGUCAUCCAUCCCCUUUGCGGUCACCAUCUCCCACUCAACUGCCAGUAACUCCUCCUCGCCCUCGGACACCUGCUCAUCACUCUCCUCCACCUAUGCCUAAAAUGAAAAUGGAGAAAUUAGAAAAAAUUGACAAAGAAAAGAAGAAAGAACACAAAAAGGAGAAAAAAGAAAAGGAAAAGGAGAAGGAAAAGGAAAAAGUUAAGAAAAAGAAAGACAAGAAAGAUAAAGAAAAGGAGAAAUCUGAUAAAAAGAAAGAGAAGGAGAAGACAAAGUUGGAGAAAAAGGAGAAGAAAGUAAAAAAGGAGAAGGAUGAGGGUACCAGCGUUCCAAGAAUCACAAUGAAGAUAGCAUCAACUUCGGGAAGCUCUCCCCCGGGUCCUUCCACCCUCCGGCCACUGGACACUGCCCCCGCACCCAAACUAGUAAUCAAGCCUGUGGUGAAACAAGAAGAAGAAAUACCAGUAACCAAGCCCACAUCUGUCCCAUCAACCACUCACGAGGACCAACCAGGUUCUCCCGAGAUUGCCAAAUUCUCGGCACUAAUAACGAGACCUCCACGAAGCCAACAGAAAAAGGGAGAAUCCCCACCUGUUGUUCCUGUUUUGAAAAUCAAGGACGUCCAAAAUACAACUAUCAAGCAAAAAGAGGGCAAGGAACCCAGUCACUCGCCGAUCAAAACCAAGGACACUAAGGAGGUGCCUCCGCUCAAAAUAAAGACAGCUUCAGCAACUCCAUCUAAACCACCACCCACACCAAAACCUGUGACAAAACCUCCAAGUAUACCAAAGCAGUCACCCACACCUAAGCUGCCCACUACACCGAAGCCACUUAGCAUGCCAAAGCCUUCCUCCAUGCCUAAACCUCCUGAGGAAAAAAAGUCUCCAGGAAGCAAAAAGGUACGUGAAAAGAAAGAAAAAAAAGAGAAAAAGCCAAAAGAGCAGAUGCAGCCCACUCCCAUGUCUGUUCCUGCAUCACCAAGUCUCAGCAGCCCAGCACCAGGCACUGGGGGAGUGAGUAGUACUGAUCUAUCCUUCCCACCUCAAGUGGUGCCUACACCUGUGCCUGUAGUGUCCCCUCCCCUAGACACACCCAAGUCCAGCAAAAAGCAAGAACAGAAGAGCACAGGGCUUCUCACGGAGACAGUUGGUCCUAUUGGUCACUUUGUGGAUGACCAGGGUAAUGAAGUGUGGAUCUGCCCCACGUGUGGUAAGCAAGAUGAUGGUUCUCCCAUGAUCGGCUGCGAUACAUGUGAUGAUUGGUACCACUGGGUUUGUGUAGGUAUUCAAGUCCCACCUAAUGAUGAUGUGAAUUGGUACUGUCCACGUUGCUUAUCACAACACAAACAGCGUGGUGCUCCUCCAGAAAAGAAGAAGCGGGGUCGUAAAAAGAAAUGAGAGUAACAUUUUCUUAAAUAAUUGAGUAAAUUUGUUGGACUUCAUAGUUAUCUGUGUAGCAUUAGCAUUAUUCAGAGUCUACCUAACUAAUGCAAAAAGUCAGCAGUAGAACUUAAUAAGAUAUUGUUAUCAUAAAAAGAUCUGUGCUGUAUUAUUGCCUUUUCAUGUUGUAAAUGGUUUUACAUAAUGUGCAUCUUUUCCAUGCUGCCACUGUACAAGUUUCAAAAUUAGCAGCAAAGUGCUUUUAACUGUAUUUCAGUGUGCUGUAUGCUCUCUUCUUAUGGCCUGAAAGUAUUGUUUUUAAUUGACAUGGUUAUAUUAUUCAAAUAUAUUUGAUAUUCUUGUUA